AGUAGGUAGGUAAAGUGUGAGCGUCGAAAUGCCUAAUAAAAAAUCGAGAUCGCCAUUUUUAAAACAAUGCUUUGUAACAACAGCAGUGUGUUUCAACAUCAUAGGACAAGGAGCGUCAUUCGGCUACCCCGCUGUCCUGCUUCCCGCGCUAAAAUCAAAAGAAUCUCUCAUACCGCUAAGUGAACUAAAGGAAUCAUGGGUUGCUGGCAUGCUACCGUUGUCUAUGCUCCUAGGGUUCCUUGUGACACCACCGCUUAUGGACAAGCUGGGACGAAGGGCCACACACAUCAUAUUGACUGUCCCCUCGCUGGUUGGCUGGUUCCUUAUCAUCAUGGCGACGAGUGUUGCUGAAAUAAUAAUAGCGAGAUUCUUACAAGGAGUGUCAGUGGGGAUUCUAACCAUUCUCCGAUCCGCGCUCAUUGGAGAGUACACCAGCCCGAAGAAUCGAGGUGCAUUCCUCACAACAGUGUCUUUCUCACAAGCCUUUGGAAUUUUCUUCGUCCACCUUGUUGGCUCGGUGCUAAGCUGGCAGCAAACAGCUCUCGUAUGCGUACUCCUUCAAUAUAUUAGCCUGAUAAUGAUCAUGUAUACCCCCGAGUCACCCAGCUGGCUGCUAACUCAAGGUCGCUUUGAUGAAUGCCGUGAUGUCUUCCACUGGCUGAGAGGAGACGAAGAAGACGAUGAACUCAAUGCUAUGAUCAAAGCCAGAAUUGCAUUCGACAAAUUUCGAACGGGAGCAAUACAAACCAAAAACAGAUUCAAGAGUCUAUCUGAAACGAUACGAAAGAAGGAAUUCUAUAAACCCACUAUUUUAAUGUUCCACGCUAAUGUCAUCCAGCAAUUUUCUGGUGGGACCACAAUGGCUGCAUUUGCUACUGUUAUAAUUAGCAAUUUGAUGGGCCCGAAAGCAGAUGUUGCUUUUUGGAUGUUAUUUUUGGAUACGCAAAGAAUAACUUGCAACCUUAUCGCCGUGUAUAUUAUAAACAAUGUUAAAAGACGGACUAUGAUGUUCAGUACAUUCGGUUUGUGCAUUGCGAGUCAUAUCGCGAUCGCUGUGUAUGUUUUGUGUAGACUGAAAGGAUGGAGCUACGACGCAAUUUGGUUACCAGCACUCUUGGUCAAUUUGCAGUACUUUAGUGUAGCGACUGGCACAGUUCCCCUGCCAAGUAUAAUAGCUGGGGAAAUAUUUCCUUUAGAAUACAGAAGCGUAUGUGGGACAAUAAGUUUGACGUUUGGUGGGAUCUUUACAUUCCUCGUGCUAAAAACUUUCCCUGGUUUAAUGGACACAGUGGGUUUACACGGCACUUAUUUCUUGUAUGCUAUAAUCAUGAGUCUGAAUCUUAUAGUGAUAUGGGUGCUUCUGCCUGAGACAAAGGGAAAAACUUUACAGGAAAUUGAAGACGAAUUACGAGGAAAACCUCUGAAACUAGAGGAGAUUGAAGCAAGACUGUCGCUCGAAAGCAAUCCAGUGGAAAUUUAUAAACGAAGAGUGUCGGAACGAAGGUGUAGCAGUACUCUUACAAUAUAAGUUACUUAUAUUUAGUUAAAUUGUUUUUAUGUAAAUAACAAAAAUCGUCAUGGAAUACCACUUUCUUGAUUAUUAAGCAAGAAUUUGCAAAAUACUGUGAGGCAUUUGUGGAAGAUAUAGUGACAAAAGGAAGAAAUGAAAUGUAUAAAAACGUACAUAAUAGAUUUUUAAUGUAAUUUAAAAAGGAGAUUACGAAUGUGCACAAUACCGGAUUUUUCAAAUCGGACCAGUAGUUCCUGAGAUUAGCGCAUUCAAAUAAA